CGUUGUCUCUAUGGCUGCGGAGGACGCGGAGGUAAUCCUGUUGCUAACAAGAGCUAGAAGAGUGCUUCGUUCUCAUUAACCUUACAUGUAAUGGUCGAUUACGACAAUAGACGACUGACACCAGACCACCCACUGUUUGAUUUCAACAAGCAGCGCUGUUAAGACAAGACUGCUCGAUGUAUCACAAAGAAAAGAGCAUCCAGAUCAAAAACAGCGCGUCGGCGCUGUACAACAACCUCAAUGUGCUGCGCAUCGCCCCUCGACGGCUCACCUACUUCACGGUGGUCCAUGCCAACGUGGUCAACAUGGUCAGCGCCUCCUGGGACGGCCUCAACUAUUCCCACCGUCAGCUGCAGUCCAAGGAGCCCAACGUCGCCACAAGCACAUCGCUCAUCAUGCAGGCUGCGUUUUGUGUCCUGCCGUCUCGUGAUCUGCUGGUGGUGACCUCUCAGAAAGGCAUCCAGAUGUAUGAAUCUGAUGGCUCCAUCAUGGUGUACUGGCAUGCACUGGAUACUCCAGAAACACCUACAGCUCAGGCAGUGUUUGCUCGAGGGAUAUCAGCAGUGUGGGAGAAUUAUAUAUGUGUGGGUGUUUCAUCUGGUGCAAUUCUAGUAUUCGAUGUUCCCAGUAAAGGCAGUAAUAUUACCCUGUCUGAGGUCCUGGAGGAGCAUAAGGAGUCCAUCACUGACAUGGCCUCGGAGUGCUCUGGCAGCCAGGAGUGCAUAGCUGAUCUGGUCAGUGCAGAUGAUGGGGGCAACCUGUGCGUGUGGAAGUCUGGGGAGGAAUUUCAGGUGCUCAACAAGAUCCCUGGCUUUGACAUGAGCUGCUCAUCUGUCAAGUUGUGGAAAGGCACAGUGGUGGCAGGUUACGGCACAGGCCAGAUCCGCAUAUAUGAGGCAGUGACGGGAAUUUUGCAUGCUGAGGUCAACGCCCAUGCUCGCUGGAUAUACUCACUGGACAUCGCUCCUUUUUCUGGCCUGCUUCUGUCUGCUGCUGAGGACUCUCUAGUCAGGGUGUGGCACCUGACACUGACCCCGGAGACCAACAGUGUGGAGGUUGCCCAUUUGCACAAUGAGUGUGUGACAGACACACAAAUCUGUGGCGCCAAGUUCUGUGACGGCGAUGGUUAUGCCUUUGCAGUGACAGGCUAUGACCUGAGUGAGAUUAUCCGCUACACACAGACUUAAGAAUUUUCCUGCAGGCUGAGGCUAAGUGUAUGAAUGUGAAUCUGGUAUAUUGGAGUGUUUCUGGAAAGAUAUGAUGACUCAGAACAGAGUGAGAUAUGGCCAGGUUAGGCUCAGGAUGAGAUUCUGCAAGGCUGGGAGGUAUUUGACAAGAUCGUUUUUGGGAGAAGCAUUGCCUCAUUGCAUUUCUGUCUCUAUAUCUACAAAGGUAAGAAGGAGAUAAGCAUAUAACAAAAUAAUACAAAAGUAUUGUGUUAAAGUUUCUAUAAAUAUUUUAAGUACAGAUGUUUAUAUAGAUGUGAAUGUAGCUUUAAACAGUAAUAAAGUAUUCUAUUAUUCUUUCUGAUAUAAUUAUUGUUAUUAUUCUUUCUGGCAUAUCAACUGUACCAGUAAACAUUUUU